UUUCCCUAUGGUAUGUCACGACUCACAACGCUGUAUGUGACUGCUUGUACAUUCAUAGCGUCUUUGCAGGUACUCCGGACAACUACUCCGUCUUGUUGAAAGCGCAACGGAGACAUGCAGUGUGGACAGCUUACAUGCACAGUCACCGCGUCUUCUCCGUUACGUUCAAAUCUGCAUAAGUUCCCCCUGAGCCUGUACAUCGAACAAUUCUACUCUGGGCACAUACUGAACUCCACGGUUCGCCUUGACCUGCCCGCCUUUAACGCCUUGGGCUCGGAUAUCUUGCAGGAUCUCGGGUUUGAGUCGUUCCCUUGCGUGGCUUGGGAAACCGUCAGCCUGAUAACGAGCCUUAUUCGUCUGUUCUCAGCUUUUUGUUCAGAUUGCAGUCAACAGGAUGGUACACUUUUUGUAGUUCUCAACUUUUUGCAAUCUAUAUCGUACUGGUAUGGCACAGGAGAAUUAGCGGUCGGAUCCUUCGUUUGGACUGCGACAACGAGCAAUGAGGAUUAUAUUCGCAUGCGAGGCUUGAACAGCCUCGUUGUGGGGUUUGACCAUCGCCAGGAACUUGUCGCAGGUAAUUCUAGUGAAAGCAUUGGAGCAGUUUGAGUAUCGUGUCCGGGUUGGACAGACCAUGGAUUUGUCACCCCAUUACUUAUUACAAGGGAAUCACUGUCUUCCUUCUACUUGUCUGCGGCUAGCGGCAAGCGUUGGGUUAACAUCGAGGAGAAGUGGCAAGAGAAUGCACCCAGGUGACGGGCGUUACACA